AUGGCUCAACUCAACCAACCCUCGAACGAACCUGCUGGAGCGCGCGUGGAAGAACUCGGAGAAAUCUCACCUUCAACAGUCCAAUCCAUGUCUCUGCCGCGCCCACCCCCGAAUCCAGUGCCAGACCUCAUGGAUCUUGUCAUCAAUCGAGAGUCGCGCUACACAACGCACUCACUCAUCACAUCUUACCUCGGUAUUAAUGAUAUACGCAAUGUUCAGUUAGCCUGCAGAAAGACGUCGGAUCUGUACGCGAACAUGAAGAAGACCCAGUGGAACAUCAACACAAGCCUGCAGCCGUUCUUCAAAGACACUCCAAAGUUCCGCUCUGUGCAAGCCCAGACCGAGACUCUGAUCGGAAGCAAAUUCGCCGGAAAGUUCUUCCGUCGUCUGCAGGUCAGGAAUGAACUUCAGCUCUUUACGCAAGCUGGGGAGAAGGCGGAUGCUCUCAUUAGCUAUCUUGAAAAGGAUGGGUACGCUCGAGACAAAGACUUCUCUCAUGAACGCGUUACGCUUGGUGCUUCAAGGGCGUAUUGCCUGUUCCCGAACACGACCAUCCUGAAGCGAACGUCAUACCUAAUGACACCUAUGUCACAAGCAGAAUCUUCACCCACGAUUGCCGCGAUAAAGCGCGACUACGAAGAAGGAUUCCUCGUCAAGACUGGCGAGUGGAUGGUCAACCCCUGUGAAGAGGCGUCGGAGUCACACCCGGAGUUCGCUUCUGCGCGGACCGCUGGUGACAAUCUCUCAUGGAUAAUCAAGCUUGAUACCACCGAUACCACCCCUGCUACAGCCCCAGACUUGCUACUUGACGAUGCUCAGUUCUCCGUGGGUAGAAACUGGAGCUCGAGCAUAGUAUCUUACCUUGAGUUCAGAUAUGAUGUACUCGCAUCCUGCGCCCUACAACAUACAUACAUCUGUCAUUCACGAAGCCACUUUAUGCCAGGCGGCCAUGACAGGAAAUUCGAUCACAGGGAUCGGAUGCAGCGCCUCGUAAGGGUACUGAACGACCAGACAUCCAUGCAGCUCACCAUGCUUGCCCGAGACGACCGGCCCCCUCAAUAUCGCACAAUCACUAGUACGAGAGGAAGCGACCACAUGGCUAAGGGUCACUUCAAGGUACCUCCGAACUGGAAUUACUUCGACGCAGAGAUCCAGGCCGAACUUCGGAUGAUAACUAAGCAGUUGCUCGCUACCGGCCCACCGAAAUAG